ACCGGGUUCUGGAGAAGGCCAUGCACAAGUGUGUCCUGAAGCCUCUGAAGAGUGUCAUCGAGGCCAUUCUGCACGACUUCCAGGAGAGCAGUGGCGCCUGGAGGCAGCUCAGGGAGAACCUGGCUCUGGCCAAGACCAAGAGGCCUCAGGAGAUGGGCGUGGACGGCGCCGUGCCGCCGGACGCCGUAGCCAUCGAGAAGAUCCGUCAGAAGUUUGUGAGCAUGAGGAAGGUGUACUCACCUGAGAAGAAGGUGUCGCUGCUGCUACGAGUCUGUAAACUCAUCUACACCAUCAUGCAGGACAACUCAG